CCAUUUUCCAGCUUGGUUUCUAGUACGUUACUAGCUUUUCUUUACAUUCUGGUCGCUUGCAAUUGUUAUUCUCGGGACUUGUGUUGCAUCUGCCACGCUCCUGUUAGUACCGCUGCUUAUCUUUCUUUUCACUUCUUCCCCAGCCCUGUCCGGCCCAUGUUCGUUCUCGCAUUUUGUCUUUGUCUCCACCCUACCACACGUUCAUAGACACCUCUCUCUCGUGCAAUGUCUGCUUCCAUGAGCGUCCAUUCCCUCAUAGACAAGUUCUCCAGCCAGGAGAAGGCAUCGAAGAGCUCCGGCUCCAGCGCCAGCUCAAACACAAACACAAAUCCAAACACAAUCUCAUCGACUUCAUCUGCAUCCAAUCCUUCCUCCGCAUCCAGAAUUCCGCAAAAACGCCCAGCAUCGACUUCUGAACUCGACAAUCCUCAUACGCAAACACAGGGUGAUAAUGCAGAUACGGAAGCUUUCCAUUCCAUUGAUAAAACAGGAUUGCUCUCGCUUUUGGGGCCCAAUGUAUCGUCCUUUCCAUAUUCAGAAAAUGCCUUCAUCGAAACCGUGAAAUUACGAGCUGAACAGGAGAAAACAAAACAGGACUUCUACCGGGUCGAAAUUGCCAACAAAAAUCUCUCGAUCAUCCAAACAGCUCUUCGAGCACAGAUCCCCGUCAAUCUCAUUCCAUUAAUGUGCGUAGGAAACACGACGGAAGGGCCUGAAAAUGCCCAGCUCCAACAAUUGCAACAAUACCAACAACAGCAAUCACAACCACAAUCACAACCACAUUCUCAAGUACAGCCUCAAUCACAAUCUCAUAAACCUUCUGAAUCUACCCAUUACCAGAAAUCACACAGUAGAUCUUCCAGCGGUGGCUUGAUUCGUCUGACAAUGCUUCUGGACACAUUGAAUGCCAGUCCGGUGCCUCCAAUAAAUUAUAGAUUUGGUACUGGUUCUUCGUCGAACACUUCUGCAGUUAGAAGGCCGCUUUCACCUGCUAAAAUUGGUGCUGCUGCAGUUGCAAACCUAGCUUCACCUACUACGCCGUAUAGAGGUGUUCCUACUACUGGUUCUUCGUCUUCCCGACGUGGAAGAUCGAUUCAGCUGCAUCAACGGCACUUCUCUAUGCCUGUAGAAUCACCCAGUUUGCGCCAAAGUCGCACAAACACCAUAGAUUUAGCACCGGCUGAGUAUCCUUCACAACAACAGCUUUCGGCAAGAUCGAAAGGCGCCAAUCUCCAGCCUCUACCGCCACCCGGAAACCCUUCCCUCCAGCUCCAAUCGCCACUAGGAGCUACUUCCACCAUACAAGUAAAGCCAUCACCAGCACAGCCACUUCACAAACAAAGUAAACUGACAGAGCCUCCUUCUCAAGAGUCAAUGACUUCGUUCCAGCAUAUCAUCCAGUUUCACCACUGGAAACCCGAGGGUCCGGGGCAAGGACCAAUCAUAGGAGGUGGAAACCCUUUCAUACCACAACUGUCUCAACAGCAGAAUGCUCACAAAAGACAAAAGUCAGAAAGCAUGUCAGUAGACUUGGUUUCACCUUCAGAAACUUUGGCUCCUCCAUUGCCCCGAGUUCCUGGGGCAGGCCAAAGACAGCAGCGGUCGCUAUCGUCCCACCCUACAACAGAAAGUCGUGAAAACGAAAAUGAAGACCAUGAUAUGACUGUAGAUGUAGAUACCGUUUCUGAUAUCAGCAACACCACGGCCGGGGAUUCGUCCAAGUUGAUUCCUCGCAACGAUGCCAAUGAAAGUAUACUUGAUUCAGCUAACCCUCCCCACAUCUCCCACUCACGCCAGCUGCUGAAUGUGGGCAGAUACCCCCACGAUAUCCUUUCUCCCUCAAGCAGAUAAUGAUGUCCCUGACAUUUGCACUGUCUACUUUCGCUGAUUAUUUCACAUACUAAAAGUUCUUGUCAGAGCCGCGACAGCAAAGAGUCACGUUAACGAUUCAUGAUAGAGUAUUUAUUACAUAUACAAUGUAUAUUGU